CCCUAAUUUCAGUCGAGUUUGGAUCGUCAACCGAGACAGAGGCAUCGGCAUCGCUAUCCCAGUCCACGGAGUACGAAACGAAAUCAGAUUGUGGGACUAAUUGAGGAAAUGGCAAUCGCCGCUUGGACGCCGCUUGUGGCGGCACUGAUCGUGUGGCAAGCAGGGCCGGCAGUGGAGGUGGCGGCCCAGGUGCCGGGUCCACGGACGCGGUACGAACCUAACUGGGCCAGUUUGGAUCAGAGACCCCUGCCCAGGUGGUAUGACGAAGCCAAAGUGGGCAUCUUUCUGCACUACGGAGUGUACUCUGUGCCCAGCUUUGGUUCUGAAUGGUUUUGGACUAAUUGGAUAAACCUCCAUAAUCCGGACUAUAUACGAUUCAUGCAGCGUAACUAUAGGCCGGGCUUCACUUAUCAGGAAUUUGCUGAACAAUUCACAGCCGAGCUAUUCAAUGCCACAGAGUGGGCGUUGUUGUUCAAAGAUAGUGGAGCCAGAUAUGUAGUGCUCACCAGUAAGCAUCAUGAUGGCUUCACCCUGUGGCCCUCGAAGAGCAGCUUUGGCUGGAAUUCAGUGGAUGUGGGUCCAAAGAGAGACAUUAUCAAGGAACUAGCUGCCGCUAUUCGCAGCGAGUCGGAUCUCAAAUUCGGACUGUACUACUCCCUCUUCGAGUGGUUCAACCGACUGUGGACCGACGACAAGCUGCACCUGUUGAUGCAACAGAACUACGUGACCCGGAAAGUGCGUCCCGAGCAAAUGGAGUUGGUGGAACAGUACCUGCCGGAGGUGAUCUGGUCCGAUGGGGACUGGGAGGCUCCAGCCAAAUACUGGCGUUCCGAGGAGUUCAUCGCCUGGCUCUACAACGACAGUCCUGUCAGGGACACGGUGGUCACAAAUGAUCGCUGGGGCUUUGGCACAGCCUGUUUGCAUGGUGACUUCUAUAAUUGCCAGGAUCGGUUCAAUCCAGGGGUCCUGCAGGCCCACAAGUGGGAGAAUGCCUUCACCUUGGACAAGACCAGUUGGGGGCAACGUUUCGAUGUGAGUUUGAAGGACUUUAUGACCUCCAAGGAAGUAAUCAAAGAAAUUGUCACCACUGUGAGCUGCAAUGGCAAUGUCCUCAUCAACGUAGGACCCACCAAGUAUGGCACUAUAUUACCCAUUUUUGAGGAACGUCUUCGGGAUAUGGGACGCUGGCUGAAAAUUAAUGGCGAGGGCAUUUACGCCUCGAAGCCUUGGAUCUAUCAGAACGACACAGUGACCCCUAAUGUGUGGUAUACCCGACACCCGCAGGCCUCCAAUGGCAGCAUUACCGUCUAUGCCUUUGUUUUGGAAUAUCCCUACGACACCAAUGAACUGGAUAUCUAUCCUUUGGGGAAGGAUAUCAACAUCUAUAAUAAUGUCCUGCUGACAGGUAUCGAUAUGGGCCUCACAGCUGAGAUACUCAAUGAGGAAAGCACUGAGGUGGUAAUGCUGGGCAUGGAGGAUACCAAAAUUCAGUGGACUUCUACCCACAAUAAGCUGCAUAUUAUUUUUCCACCUAAGAAUCGCAUCGAUAAACGUGGCCUAGACUUUGCCUGGACUUUUAAGAUUACAAUUAAAUAG